CAUCUACGGGUAUCGAUAUUUAUUUAUGUAAAGGCUUUUGGUGGUGCAGAUUUGCUGUAAGCUCCAAACAGACUUUGUUGGCAGUUGUUAAGUUAUAAUUGCCCUAUUCUUGAAGUUGGAUGUAAAAGUGGUGUGAAGAGUUCUGGACAAUAUCAUUUGAUUGGAGUUUAUCAAGUGUUCUGAUUUGAGCUGCGACGUCAGUAAGUGUAUGGGAAUAUAUAUACCAUGUUCCGGGAGGACAAACCAACGGAUGAGGAACUGGCAUCGCCAUCUUUGAGAGUUUGUGAACUGUUUCAACAAUUCCCAUCUGAAGAGCUUGUGGAGGAAUGACAUUGGGAUACACUCGCCGUACACCAUAGAUUCACUGAGACAAUGCGUCACUGACCAUGUAGAUGCUACUGAUGGGGAGUCUCAAGAUGACAACCACGAGGCGUCGUAAAGUUGAGUCAAUUCCACGCUUCAAAACCAUGUCUGUGAACGUGCGUCGCCUCCAUGAGGCCCUGACUGUGCAUCUGGAUCAACAGGAAGUCAGCACCUUCGUUGAUGCCCUAAAUCUGUACAACAACCAGCGAGAUGUUUUUGAAUUUGUCAACACUCUACGAAAAAUACUGAACUCUCCUCAGAAACGACAGUUAUUCCCCCUUGUUAAACGUGUCAUUCCACGUUCUGAUAUUCAGGCAUUCGAGUUACUAACAAAGGGAGGUAAGCGCUACAAUACUCUUCCCCGUCCUGUUCUCUAUCGGCCCCAUGCGGCGGACAUCGCUGUGUACAAGAAACAACACAGUCGACCUCCGAGUCUUCAUGGGAGUCUUCGAGAGCGACCUCGCCAUGCAAUAUCAAAGGUCAAUGGUCUUGGACCACUCUCCAAAUCGGAGGUUAAAGGUGAAGCGUUGCAAAUCAUCAUCGGUCAGCCAUCAGAUGAGGAGGAUGGUUUUGGGUUUACAAUACGAGGCGGUGUGGAGUAUGGCCUUGGGAUCUACGUGUCGGCCAUCGAUGAGGAGGGCCCUGCAGACAACGAGGGUCUAAAGGCAGGGGACCUCAUUACGGAGGCUAAUGACAUUUCGUUUGAGAAGAUCUCACACGAUGAGGCUGCCAAGAUUAUCCGUGCAGCAAAGCGCCUUGAGCUGUGCAUCUGCCGUGUCGGUAGAAUUCCUGGCACCCACGUGGUACACCAGGCCUACAGCUGGGUGGAUCCCCGGGGCAGGGCAGUGUCCCCGCCCCCUGAGCUGGAGCACAUGGGCCCCCAUCAGGAGGUGGGGAGUCUGCGGAGUAGGAGCGGGUUGAUGCUGCUGAAGGGGAGUGAUGAACGGAAGGUGAACGUCGUCGUUGACAAGGGUGAGUGUCUUGGGCUCAUGAUCCGUGGGGGCCGCGAGUUUGGUCUUGGCGUCUACGUGUCCGGCAUUGACCCCUUCUCUGUGGCGGAGAAUGCAGGCAUUAAGGUGGGAGACCAGGUGCUGGAUGUCAAUGGCCGCAGUUUUCUGGACAUCAGCCACUCGGAGGCCGUCAGCAUCUUGAAGACAGGUCGGCACAUGAUGAUUACUGUCAAGGAUGUUGGGAAGCUGCCAUUUGCAAAAACAACGAUUGACAAGACACAGUGGUUGCCACGUGACAGGCUUCCCAAUCAGAUGGGAUCAAUUAAUGCAAGGUUGUCGUCCAGCAUGAGCAGCCUGGACAAGGUGGGGCUGCAGAACCACCAAGAGGGACACGCCCGGAUCGGCUUCAGCAAGGGAGCAGGGUCACAGCUGAUGAGGAACACAACGACAUCCUGGCCUCAGAACGAUGUCAUCGAACAACAUGCAAGGAUCCUGCUCAACAGCAAAGAGCAGACAACUCUGCGCUACUAUCUGAGUGAACAUCAGAAGGGUACCAUCCAGACAGAUGGCCUGGUGUUUGCUCUGUUUGAACUACUCAACACACAGGCCAAGUUUACUUUACUGACUGAAAUUCGCCCCUUGAUCAACCUCCGAGAUUUGUCACGAUAUGACAGACUGGUCCGCAAGAAAGAAGCCCAGAUGAUCCGGGACAACGAUGACUGUGCUCUGAUUCCUGACACCUUCUCCAUGUUGUCCUUCGAGAGCACCGAGGCUUACCUCGAGGACCGGUACCGGAGGACGCUGUUCUCAUCAGAGAAAUCAGAACGGCGCCAGUCCGUGACAACGAUGGAGCCCAUGAUGCUUCAUUCCCCGAUAGAUCACUUUGACAGAGACAUGUCCCCACAGAGACGUGAGGAGUCCCUGAGAGAUGCUCUGGAACAGCUGCAUGGGGAGAAUGGACAUGACCACAAUGAGGAGGAUAACAUCAGUUUUCAAAGUCAGUCAGACUCCCAUGGCCCUUACCUUCACACGCCAAGGAAAACCAUCCACAGGUCAAGGUCAAGGUCAAAAUCUCCAAGACCAUCUGUGAGGUCAUUGAACAUGGAACCCGUCCCUUCAACCUCAAAAGCAUCACAACAAGAACACAUCGUCAUGGCACAGGUUCAUCAACCAAUGAGACUCGCAUCUCAGAUGUAUCUUCCUCCAGUUAAACACAAGGGAGAGGACAAUCCAAGUGAUGAUAGCGGCGUUGAGCUUUAUGCACAUCUUAACGGUCUUCCAGUAAACAGUACCGACAGGCAUCAUGGAAUGGAAAUCAGAAAAAGGGUGACGAUUUCAGCAGCUGCACCAGUUGACAUCAACACAACAAUGUCACCUAGCAAUGGUCACCAUGGUGACGGAUAUGUUGACACAAAGAUGUCACCACAGCCAGCUCCUAGAAAGUCAAAAGAGGAAUCAAUGAAGGCCAAGUUCAGGGAGGUGUACGGCGACAUCCCACUCCACCUGGUGAGCCUGUACAGAACUAAACCCACCCUGGGGCUGGCGAUAGAGGGCGGGGCCAACACCAGGCAGCCACUCCCACGGGUCAUCAAUGUACAGCCUGGAGGAUCAGCAUUUGAGUCCGGUGGUUUGAAGGUCGGCCAUGUGAUUCUGGAGGUCAACGGUCAGACGAUGGUGGGCCUUGGUCACACAGACGUAGCCAGGGCCAUUGCUGAGGCCUUCAAGAACAAGCAAGCGAACAAGAUGGAGUUGCUGGUCACGGAGACAGGUGUGGAGGUGAAGGGUGUUGAUGCUGCCAGCGGGAUGGAAGAAAAGGACUCAGGAAGAUUAUAGCCAGGAAGACACACCGAGGUUUACAGAGGGAGAAGUGUGUAGCAGGGUGUCAGCCACCCUGCAGUGACAACUAGUGAGAACCAGUGACAACCAGCGACAGAGCUGACCAUUGUAGUCAUGUGACCAAGUGUUGGUCUCCUUAGAGGAUUCAGGAUUUUUCGAACCAUAUCCAGCUCAAUAACUAGUCAAGGUGUCAUUUCCAAGUCAAGGUGGCUGAAAAAAAACGGGGUAGCACCCCUCCACCCCUCUGGACCUGACAGUGAACUGGGAUAUACCUGGAAGGACCAACCUGAUGAAGACUUGUUAAAGAUGAAGAAUGUGGAUGCUUUUGGGGGAGGUUUAGCUGUCAAAUAUUUAUCUGAGGGAUGGUGACAGACUAUGGAUUCAAAACAAUGAAUAUUGAAUGUGCAAUUAUAUGUUGAUGACUGAGGAUCUGUUGUUUCACUGAAGUCAGGGACUGCGACCGCCUGGCGAUGUGUUGUGUGGGAUUCUUCAGCAAGUGGCUUAUGAUGGAUGGCAUGUGACCAGUACCUUGGAGAACAUUCUACACUGUCCAUACUAGUGAAGGGGUUGACUGACGGGAGUGGUCAGAGAUGAAGUAGUCUUAGAUGAUGAUGAUGAUGAUGAUGAUGAUGAUGAUGAUGAAUACUGUUGAAGAUAAUGGAAUGGGGUCGCCUAUACCUGGUUCAAAUGGCACAAUGUUCUAGGAUAUGGAAAACUCAUUUAUUUUGGAUGCUCAUGAUGCUUCCAGUGAGAUGAAAACUCAUUUUAGUGGAAGGAACUCUCCAUGGCAUCUGUGCUUGUCAAUCAUCAAGCACAGGAACUUGUCUUGAGGCAAUGGCGUUUGUCUGCAAUAUCCUCCAGGACAUCACAAUGUCAGUUGUUUAGUACUAAUGUGUACCCCUGGGGUUCUGGGUUACGCAAGGUGCCCCGGCAGCCGAUGCUGGUCGUAAGAGGCAACUUAAUGAAUCAGGUGGUCAGGCAUGGUGACUUGGUUGCCUCCAUGUCGUCGGCCCCCAUUGACGUAGAUCGCUGCUCACAAUAUCGAUCAGUGGAUUAUGUGGUCCGGACUGGAUAAUCUACAGAUUGCGAUCAUAUAGCUGGAAAUUUGCUGUGUGGCUUUAAACAACAAAGAUUUAUUUUGUUUGUUUGUUGUUUAACGCCGCACUCAGCAAUAUUCCAGCUAUAUGGCAGUAAACAACAAAGACACACACCUCUGUGUACAGUAUUCACAUAUUCUUGGGAAUGAAUACAUCAGCUAUGUUGUUUCAGAUAGACUGUAUUUAGGAGCCAUUGUAUGAUCAUGAUGAUAUCGCAUGCAUGCAUAAUGUUUUCAUAAAUUUCGUUAAUCUUGUUUCUGGUGACUUUCUUGUCAAGAUACAUGAAUUUAUAUUUAUAUGACGUUUUUAUAGAGCUACUUAAGCGUGACCAGGUGAUCUUGAUCCAGAUUGAUGUUUUUGAUAUAUACGUGGAUCACUGUUCACAUUGAAUAUGCUGAUAGUGAAUAUCUGAAUGGCUGUUGGGUCUUAAAAAUAAAGUAUCGAUAUUGACACUAUGACCCGUGGGGAUAGGAUAUAGAAUAUAAGAAUAUAGCACCCCGGCAGGCCAGCUUAUCCUAAGAGGCGACAAAGUGGCUCGGGUGUCAUUGUAUUCCAGCUGCAUAUCAAUGCUCAUGAUGUCAAUCACUGGAUUGUCUGGUCAGACUCAAUUCUGUACAGGCCGUCAUCGUAUAGCUGUAAUCUUGUGUGCAGCGUUACACAAGAAACGAACCAUCAACAAAUUGAGAUUAUGGCAGGUGUGUCAUGAGAAACAAAAGCCUUACUUUAGUUGUGCUUGUAUAUAUUGCUGUUGUGUAUUAACUCCCCCGAUUGAGUGGUUUUAUAAUGUUUUACAUAUAUCAGUUUUAGCAACCCGGGGGGGUAUAUUAGAUGAUAUUUUCUGUUUUGUGCUCUAGACCAUGUCGAUGUCAGUGACUUCAAUUCAACACAUCUUCAUUAUCACUGGUCACAUAGCGGUCUGUCACUAACACUUGAGCCAGAUCGCGUCCUCGAAGACUAUUUUGAUUACAAGGUCAUGAUAAUCGGCCAUUAUAGAGCAAAGAUGUCACUGUGUGGAGGGACAUGUUCAUGGAGGGUACGUUACCAGUAUUAAACCCAUCAAUGGACGGCUGUGCACUUAAUUACAUUAUCUGCUCCAUGAGGAUGAUACAACCGAUGGUACCUAAUAAUGUGGGUUUGCAUUCACAUUAACAUUAUGUAGGACGACCAGGCACUGCUGGGUGACAACAGGCAUUAUAAAGAUGAGAAUGUAAAGCCAAUGGUCUAUCCUACGCUACGUGUUCCAGCUCUACUGGAUACAGACUAGGGUUUUGGUCAUGUGGUUAAAAUAUAGACCUUGCAGGGUGUUACCUUGACCUACAAGGGGCGGUCGGGUAGCCUAGUGGUUAAAGCGUUGGCUCAUCAAGCCGAAGAUCAGGGUUUGAUUCCCGACAUGGGUACAAUGUGUGAAGCCCAUUUCUGGUGUAACCCGCCGUGAUAUUGCUGGAAUAUUGCUAAAAGCGGCGUAAAAUCAAACUCACUCACUCCCUCAAUUUCAAUGGUCCUUACAGAAAAUAUGCCAUGGUGUACUGUACUGUACUGUAUUGUAAAGUUUAAUAACUACUGUCAUUACAGGAACUGUAUAUUUCUCAUCAAGAAGUUGGUGCAAUGAUUAGAAUUGUGUGUCCCUUGGGACGCAAUAUAUAUUUUUUUCGCAUCCAUUCUAUACACUUACUGGACGCACAAUUCCGCAUCCCAUAAAACCCUGCUCUUGAAUCAGUAAAAUGCUCCAUGAUAUUUUUCUACUUUUGAUGACAAAUACUGGAAGCUUCCAUCCUCUACAGUAUUUUCCCAUUGUUUUGAUUUUUAUCAUCAUAAGCUUCGCCCAAUAUUCUAAAGAGAUAACACUGACACCACGUGCAGGUUUGAUGAGAAAUAAUAACAGUGAAAUUUAUGCAUGUCACAAUUUUGGUGACCAUUGCACACAUUGGUACAUAUCUACUUGAUCGAUGUGUGCAAUAAGCAUGAUUAGCAUCAGUAAUAUGUCUGUGUUUGGGGGGUCUCUGCUGGUCUGUAUUUUGUAUGAAGAAUCUUGCAGGUCUGCAAUUCUGAUGUUUCUUAUACUGGAUACUGGUAAUACUGCCUGGUACUGUUGUUAUCUGUUACCAUGGUGAUCAAAGAAUAUACUGGUAAAACUGCCUGGUACCAUUGUUAUGUUAUCAUGGUGAUCACAGAGGAUACUGGUGAUACUGCCUGGUACCAUUGUCAUCUGUUACCAUGGUCGGCACAGAGGAUAGUGGUAAUACUGCCUGGUUCUGUCAUCUGUUACCAUGGUGAUUACAGAGGAUACUGGUAAUACUGCCUGGUACCAUUGUCAUCUGUUACCAUAGUGACCACAGAGGAUAGUGAUAACACUGCCUGGUACUGUCAUCUGUUACCAUGGUGAUUACAGAGGAUACUGGUAAUACUGCCUGGUACCAUUGUCAUCUGUUACCAUAGUGAUCACAGAGUAUACAGGUAAUACUGUCUGGUACUAUUCUCAACUGUUACCAUAGCAACCAUAGAUCAUUUUGUCACGUCAUCACAGAGGAUAUAAAUCACAUAUUGUAUAUUACAAA